GCAAAGCAAGCUGAUAUAUAUUAAAGAAACCCUCAAAAUCGAGGCAGAUAGAGCGACAUAGGAUCAAACACGAUGAAGCUCAGACUCAGAUCUUUGGAAUCUAAAGAAACCCUCAAAAUCGAAGUCCCCGAUUCCUGCUGUUCUCUGCAGCAACUCAAAGACACCGUUUCUCACACCAUCUCUUCUUCUUCUUCCUCUUCCUCUUCUGUGCACCUUUCCCUAAACAGAAAGGACGAAAUCCACGCCCCUUCGCCGGACGAGCCACUCCAAUCUCUCGGUGUCGCCGCCGGCGACCUCAUCUUCUACUCUCUCAACCCCACCGCCUUCUCCCUCGAAACCCUUCCCCACAAGCCAGAAACCGCUCCCCUCGACGGACCCACCAUCCAAGACUCGCCGGAAACCCUCGCCGGCGACGCCCCCUCCGUUCCCACCGCCGAAAAGCCUCCGACUUUGGACUCUGCGGAACCGGAACCCGCGGAAAUGAUUGAUGGGUCUGACGGGACCGUGGUGGUGAGUACCAAUUCCGAGCCUUUCUUCGUGAGAAGGGUUCUGAAAGAAGCGCUUGGGAACAACGUUACUGAUUUCAAGUUGUUAGUGUUUGCGGUUCACGGUGUUGUUCUGGAAUCUGGGUUUGUUAGAAUCGACAAGGAUUCGCGUAUGGCGGUUAGUUGUUCUGACCUUCUUGAUGAUUCUCCUUCGGCUUUUUCUUCGGUGAUAUCGUUGAGGUAUACCCUGCCUGAGAUUCUGGCUAAUGGUGCUUCUCACAGUGUGAAUUUGAAGUUUCAGACAUUGGGGCAUUUUGUGAAUGUUUGUGGGUCGUUGUCUGAUGAUGUUAGGUCGAUGUUACAUUUUGUUUGUUUGGAUACACGUAAAUAUGUUAGGCCUUUAGAGUCGAUGCUGGCUAAUUCUGAAACCAAGGGUAGUCUUAAUGAUGGGGAAGAUAUUGUCUUUGGAAAUGAAGUUUUUGAAAUGUGGAAGAUGGGGAAAGAUAGGCUUGCAUUGCCACUGUUAAUUGAUCUUUGUGAGAAGGCUGGGGUGGAUCUUCCGCCUUGUUUUAUGCGGCUACCGAUGGAGCUUAAGCUCUUGAUUUUGGAGCGUCUUCCGGGUGUUGAUUUGGCCAAAGUGGCUUGUACUUGUUCGGAGCUGCGAUACUUGUCCACCAGCAACGAGUUGUGGAAGAAAAAGUAUGAGGAGGAAUUUGGAAAAGAGGGAGAUAGAAAAGGGUGGCUUUUCAAGGAUUUGUUUGCUUUGUCCUGGGAAACAAAGAAGAGGCGUCAAGCGGUUCCUUUUCGACGACAGGGGAUUUCAAGAAACAUUAUUUUCUCGCCCAACCAUUUUGGAAUGCCUCCAGUUUGGGGUGGAGAAUAUGGUGUGCAGCCAGUAUUUGGUGUGCCAUUCCCUAGAUACCAACCAAGGCGGAAUAUCAUUCCUCCAUGUACUCUGACUCUGGGAGAUUUCAAUAUAUAAUCUGCUGAGCUGAAUUCUACUCAUCAGUAAUGUGUAGUGCCUGGUACUGUCACAUUAGCUCCAGAAUCAAGCAAAAUGGUGAAAAGGUUCCCGAAACUGCUUAUGGAUGUUAUGACCAUCGAUCUCUCCAGUAAUAUUUUACUGAAUGAAAUCGCCUGCAUUAAACUGCUUAAAAUAAAGGAAAAUACAAAGAACAAAGAAUAGGAAUAUGGCUAAAGACAUGACUUUUCUGUGGAAUGAUUGGAAUCUUCUUAGGGGAAUUGUGUUUUUAAGUUGUGCCAUAAUUGCAUAGCUGUAAUAACUUGGACACUAGGUUUCUGAUAUUGUAAAGGUGAUUGAGCCAGAUUAGUAAAAUUUCUCCAGAAUCCCCCUCA